GGCAAAUGAGUAAGAAUAAAGGGAGCAGUGGUUGCUUGUGAUGAUUCAAAAGCAGCUCAAAUAAAAGCAAUGACCCAAGACUAAUCGAUUUGGUGAAGAGGUUUAAUAAGUACUCGACUAAUAAUGAGAUAUCCUUGGAUCAGUAUAGAAGGAUGAUGGGAAUUCUGGGGAGUACUUACUUUACUGAGCGUAUGUUCUCUGCCAUGGACAAGAACAGGGACAACAAGAUUGACCUUGAAGAAUACAUUACUUAUAAUAAUGUAAUCCUAAACGGCUCAAUAAUUGAAAAGAGAGAGCAGAACUUUGCCAUGAUCAAUGAUAACAAAGAUGAUGUCGUAUCUAAAGAGGAGUUCCAAAAUUUUGUCAUCAACAUCCUCGACAUGUACUCCAAGGCUGACCGGGAGAAAAUUGAAAGAAAUAAAGGAAUGAUAGAUGAAGUUUUUGAGCAAAUCGCUCCCAAGGGUAAGGAUGAGUUCAAUUUUGAUAACUACAUGAAAGCAUUGAAUGACAAUCCCGACCUCUUUGUCUGGCUUGAAAGACCAAAGGAAAUGCUCAAUGAUAUUCUUCACAAGGAAGAAACCCAAUAUUCUAAGAAAGUAGUUGAUGAACUUAUUGAACUAUUUUUUAAGUAUAUUGGUACUACUGAGGUUUCAAUGAGGAAGAUCUUACGGUCUGUCAAGAUGCUCAGGGGAGACUCUGAUAUUGAGAGCAUUUCAGAGCAUACCAAUUAUCUGUUGAACAUCCAGAACACAGCUUUGGGCAAAGGAAGAAGAGGCUAUUAUGAUAUUGUCAAGAAAUUCACAAAGGAUGAGGCAGGUAUGAAGAAUCAUUUAGAUGUUCCUGCUAAAUUUGGAAAGAAGACUAGAUCCCACAUUACCUAUCAUGUUAAGAGGGAGAUCAAGAAAGAGAGUAAAUCAAUUUCUGAAGAGGAGGAUGAUGACGAUGAUGAUGAUGAUGUAGAGGACGAAGGUGAAGACUACCAAGACUCUGAUGAGGAAGAAGAUAGUGAUGAGGAGCUUAAAGGAAACGAUGAUUCAAUGGCCACUCAAAAAUCUGCGAGUAGCCAUAGAAAUUCGAAUUUGGAUCUGCUGAAUAAUAAGAAAUUAGAGAAGGAGCUAACCAAAAAGCUCCGAAAUGAUAAUGAAGACCCUCUGGAUAAUAUUCAGAAUAUUGCAGAGUUGAUGAUAGAUGUCUCUCAAUCUCUGGAUACUCAAGCAAGAAAACUCAUAAGCCAUCAGAAAGAAAAUAAACGUGAAGAAAUAUAUCGAUCAGAUAAUAAAGAUGAUAAUGAGAAUAAUGAAGAUAAUGAGGAUGACUUACCACAAGAUAGGGAGUUUAUUGAUUUUGGGCAUGAGAGGUUUGACCUAGUGUUCAAUAUUAUGCUUGGUAUUAAGAGGUCUAUAGACUGACAGUUCUCCUUUGCUUUCUUAAAUACUCGAGAUAACGGAUAUGUUGCGAAAUAUGAGUAUAAGAAUGAAUGGUUCUCCACAAAUAACUCAUCUUCAAACGAGUUUGUCUUUAUCGACUAUGCGCCUAAGAUCUUUGAGGAUAUCAGAAUCAAAGAUGGAAUUGAAAAUGAUUUGUACAUCGAGUCUCUCGGCCCAAAUAACAUCUAUAACUAUAUCUGGACCAACAACUUCAAAACAUUCACAUCUUUAGUCUCUAGUGGAAAAAGUGGAUCUUUGUUCUACUAUAGUCUUGACGGAAAAUUUAUGCUGAAGACAAUAGCAAGGGAGGAGUUCUACAAGCUGUUGAGCACAUUGAAGCCUUACCAUGACCAUCUCUGCAAGUACCCUGGAUCUUUGCUGACAAGAUAUUAUGGACUAUACAAGAUAAAAUAUACUGAGAAUGGCACUAAGAGAGAGCAGUAUAUUAUCAUAAUGAAUAAUAUGUUCAGAAAGUUCUCCCCAGAUGUCAAAUAUGACCUUAAAGGCUCUAUUCAAGGUCGUAAAACCGUAUUUAAGAAUGGAAUAGUUGAUCCGAAAAUAGCUUUGAAGGAUAAUGACUGGACUGACAAAGGGGAUAUUGUUGAACUCAAUGUUGAAGAUAAAAAUUCUCUCAUUCAUGAUAUAAAGGCUGAUGCAGAUUAUUUAGGCGAAAACCAGACUUUAGACUACUCUCUUUUACUUGGUAUCAUCGAUCUUGAGGAGCUCAAGAAGCAAGAUCCUCAAGACCCAGUACUAACCUAUGCAAAAAAGAUUGCUAAAAAGAGCAACGAUGCUGAAAGAGGGAUUUACCUGAAUGUCGGUAAGAAGAAGAUGUACAUCAUUGGUAUCAUCGACACCCUGACCAACUACACUACAAGGAAACAACUAGAAUAUUACUUUAAGAGGUGCAAGCAUGGUACUAAGAUGAGCUGUAUACCUCCAAAGAUGUACGCAGAAAGAUUUUAUGACUUCAUGAUUGAGAGAGUUUUUAGAUAGAUGAAGUAAUAAUUCAAAAUUCAAA